UUUAGAACCCCAGAAGAAAGAGAGUGCCAACAUGGCGGACGGCCGAGUAUUUGCCAGCAGAUCGUACAGGUGGUGUUUGAGUACGACACGCCGAGAAUCGUGCACAUCAAGAACAAGAAAGUCGGACUCAUCAACAGGGUCAUACAGCUGGGCAUCAUCGGGUACAUUAUCGGAUGGGUGUUUGUAUACAAGAAAGGUUACCAGGACUUUGGGGACAUCGUCAGUUCUGUGUCCACCAAACUGAAGGGUGUGGCCUACCCUAACAGGUCUGACAUUGGCGACCUCAAUCGCGUCUGGGACAUCGCUGGACUGGUGGUCCCACCUCAGCAACGAGAUGGUUUCUUCGUAAUGACCAACAUGAUCAUCACACCAGACCAGCACACAACAACAUGUGCAGAGGCACCGUGGAUAGGACACAAUGUGUCCUGUACAGAUACAGACACAAGAAACUGCCCUGCAGGCCAAGUGGAACUCACUGGAAAUGGCAUGUUUACUGGGAAUUGUGCAAACUUCAGCAGUACAGUACAGACCUGUGAGAUCCAGGGCUGGUGUCCUGUCGAACAGCAAGACAAUCCACCCAGUCCGGCUGUAUUAGAAGAUGCCAAAGAGUUCACAGUUCUGCUGAAGAACACCAUAUCCUUUCCACUGUUUAACUUCACCAAGAGAAACAUCUUAGAUGACUAUGAUCCUGACUACCUGAAAAACUGUCGCUUCAACAACAAUGAUCCAGUGGACAAGUACUGUCCUAUCAUCAAACUGGACACAAUGGUAAAGGAGGCCAACCAGAACUUCACCGCACUGGCUGAACAGGGAGGUAUUGUUGGUAUCUCCAUCACGUGGGACUGUAACCUGGACUACUCUGGUUCACAUUGCCUCCCAAAGUAUUCCUUCUCACGGUUAGACAAGGCCGACUCUAAAGUGUCGCCGGGAUACAACUUCAGAUAUGCACGGUACUACCGGGAGAAUGGCACAGACUACAGGACACUCAUCAAGGCCUAUGGCAUCAGAUUUGAUGUUGUUGUUUCAGGGAGGGCGGGUAAGUUUAACAUCAUCCCCACCACCAUGAACAUUGGGUCAGGCCUGGCACUGCUGGGAGUGGCCACCAUCCUGUGUGACAUUGUUGUUCUGUAUCUGCUGAAGAAGAGGUACUUCUACCAGGAGAAAAAGUACAUGAUGGUGGAUGAUGAUGAUGAUCUAAGGCUCUUUGCCAAGCCCCAAAGCCCACCUGGAAAGUUGUCUGGGAAAUAUGAGCAGUUGGAGGAAGAUAAAACCGUCAACCUGCACAGGAAUGAGCAAAACUACGGCUCGUAAAGUCAAACCUUUCAACAUCUGGCUGUGUCAGAAAGUUCUCAUAAUUUUUUCCAAGUUGUAAUCUAAGUUUUUGUUCUUUUCUACAUCUUAUAGAUGUGUUUUUUUUAAGAUCUAUUGAUUUGUAUGGAAGAUACAUAAACAGAAUUAGCUCUCUGAAUGAGACCAAAUAUAAACUCUAUGCAGCGCAGAAUCUGUUAUAUUAUUAUGAAGAAAAGGAACACAAGUUUGUCUCAAGAUGGGUGAGUGCAAUGUAUGUAUCAGAAUAUAGAUUUAGACAUAUUGCUAGGAUGGACAAAGUUUGUACAAAGCUAUUACUAUUUGCUUGGAGAAUUAUUAUGAAAAUACUCCGUUUUCAAUUUCACCAGUGGUGUAUAUGCAUGUGAGAUUGCUCUACCUUGUCUACAAAAGGUACUUAUGGUUCCCAGACUCGUUUUUGCAGAUUGUCAUCCUAAGCUCAAUUGCUUAUAAGCAAUUCUGGCUUCAAUAAUCAAAGGUAAUGAUGAAAACUAUUUUUGUAUGAAGUCCUGCAGGACUCAUUAUGACAAAUAAAAUGUGGAACGU